AUAGAAGAUUACUCUAUUCCAUUCCAUUUUAGACUAAGUUCCUGGAACAAAAUCAAACCAAUGAAUGUUCUAUGGAUUAGAUCUAAACUAAGAAAUGAAUAAUGAAAAAGAAGAGCUUUAAUAAAUUUCUCAAAGUAUUUCAUUUAAUCCACAGAAAGAAAUAUCAUCUAAAUGAAAAUGAAUUCGUAUCAGAAGAUCCUAAUGGAAUAUCUUCUAUUAAUCAAUUUCCAAAAGGUAUAUUCAAUAAAGAAGGAUCUAUGGAAGGGGAUAAUGUUGAUGUUGAUGAUGAAGAUGAUCAUUAUGAUGAUAACAAUGAAAUCUCAUCGAUUAUUUCUAUUUCAACACAAAGAAUGCAACAUAAUUCAUUGAAUUCACAUCAGAAUAAACAUGAUGUAAUUCAAUAUGUUCUAGGUGAUCCACAAACUAUGUUGAAUCAUUUAACAAAGAAGAUUAAACAAAAAAUACCACAAUUAUCUAAUAAAAAUAUAAUGGAUAAUACUAAAACAAAUAAAGUAUCUAUGGAGAAGUUGAAUAACUUGACGAAGCCCCAGCAACAACAUACUACUACUACUAGUAGUACUUCUUUGAAUGAGAAAUCAAUCAAAGAACAAUCCAAGAAGGAAUUAAAACAUAAACACAUGGAUAAUGUUAAAACAAAUGAGGUCCCUUUGGAGAACUUAUAUAACUUGACUCCUCCUCCUCGUCCUCUUCAACAACAACAACAUACUACUACUUGUUUGAACGAGAAACCAAUAAAGGAAAUAUCCAAGAAGGAAUUAAAACCAAAACAUAUGGAUAAUGUUAAAACAAAUGAAGUCUCUAUAGAAAACUUUAAUAACUUGACAACGCUUCAACAACAACGGCAACAACAUACUACUACUACUACUAGUAGUAGUACUAGUACUUCUUUGAACGGGAAAUCAAUAAAAAGACUAUCCAAGAAGGAUUUACAACCAAAGCAUAUGGAUAAUGUUAAAACAAAUGAAGUCCCUUUAGAGAACUUAUAUAACUUGACUCCUCCUCCUCCUCCUCAACAACAACAUACUACUACUAGUACUAGUACUUCUUUGAAUGAGAAAUCAAUAAAAGGACUACCCAAGAAGGAAUUAAAACCAAAACAUGAUGAUAAACAACAUAAAGAUAAAAUCUCAAAGAAAACAAUCUCUUCAAUAAACAAAUCUAAUAAAUUUCAUAAAGAGAUUGAUGAAGACAAAUUGAAACGAAAAAAGACGAAACAAUCUAAUAUACAUAAACAAAUAAUAAACAACGAAUUGAUUAAUGAAACAAUCACUAAAUCAAAUAAGAAUGAUCCAACUAUUCAAAGAGAACAUAAUACCAUUGAACUAUUAGAUCCAAUCCAUGAUAAAGAUAAUACAAUAAAACAAACUGAUGAUUUAAUCAAUAAAGACUUAUCUAUUGAAACAAUUGAUACAUCAAUAAAGAAUGAUCUAAAUAUUCAUGAAGAUCAUCAUACAAUUGAAAUAUUAGAUCCAAUCAAAUCCAUUGAAUCAAUUCAUUAUCCAAUAAAUAUUACCAUGGCAACAAUUGAUCAUAUAAAUAUUCCGUUAGAAACAAAAAAUCAAUAUAUUGAAAAUGAUUUCAAAGGUUUAAAAAUAUUAAAUAAUAAUAUUCUUCAUUAUAUUGAUUUAAUAGAUAAUAAUCAUAAACAAAUAGAUUAUAUCAUAGAGAAAGAAAACAAAGAUAAGACACUAGAAGGUAACCAUGACAACAAUCUAGAUCAUAAUGUCUAUCCAAUCAUAAAAGACAAUGGAAUUCAAACAGAUCAAGAACCUAACGUUAUAUCAAUCUCUAAUGUAGAUCAUCCAAAUGAGAUCUCAUCUAAACAAAUUCAUCAUAUAGAAAAGAUAACAAGAGAUUAUCUUGAUCAUAAUUAUAAGAAUAAAUUAAGAACUAUUCAUAAUGAUCAGAAUAGAUCUAUUCAAAAGAAAGACUGUACAAAUUAUGAACAAUCAAAAUAUGAAUCAUCUAGUGAAACCUUCUCAUCAUAUCCAACUUAUUCAUCAAUAUAUCAUAAUGAUGAUUAUAAAUGUGAAUCGAUACAAUGUCAUCAUAAUCAACCAUAUCAUGAUCAUCAUCAUGAUCAUGAUCAUCACGAUCAUUACUCAAUCCAUCAUAACUGUAUACUUAGUGAUAUGAUGAAAUCUCCACAAUUAUAUCCAUGUUAUUGUAAAUAUAAUGAAUGGAAUAAUCCAUCAAAAAGAUUAAAACAAUUAAAUACAAAUCCAUUGAAACAUGAACGUGGAUGUUACUAUGGCAACUCUUGUAAACAGGACUAUUACAAUAAAUAUCGAUAUUCAUAUCUUAAACGUUAUUUAUCUCCUCAAACGAUAAGAUUAUUAAAGAAAGAAUUAAAGUAUAGAUUACCAUUUAGAGAUCGACAUUGUUUAAAACGAAAUGAAUAUUGUCAAUGUACUACAACAUAUUUACCAUCUAAAGAAUAUGAUACUUCUUCUAUGAAUCUGAAUCAAUUGACUCAUUAUAAUAUACCAUUCAAUUCAUUUAAUACAAUACAACAAUUACCAUUUAUGAAUAACAUUGUAAAUCCUAUGAAUAUACCAUCAUGGUAUAGUUUAAAUGUACCAAUGAUGAUAACACAACCACGAUUUAUCAUAAGACAUAUCCCAGUACCAAUGAUUAUUCCACAAUAUUCUCCUAGAACAAUUCAAUUAAUGAAUUCAUAUCCAUUAUCAACAAUCAAUCCUUAUGUUUAUUCGAAUGAUAUAACUUCUAAUAUAUCACAACCAAUACAUUAUGAUCUACCAUAUUAUCAAUAUACAUGA